GUUAUCGUUACUAUCGUUACUAUACAAGAGACACGAAACCGUUCACUCGGUGGUUCACGCGGACGAAAAGGAACGCGAUAGACCCAUAGACGUACGGUCGCGUCCGAGAUCAGUGGUCGUCCGCCGUUACCGCUAGUCAUCCGCCCGCCGCGUUGAUAACAGUCGCAUACGGAAAAUAUCCCCGCGGCCGAACUCCCGGACGAACCCGUUAUCACAUCGUUGCGUUUUAUAUUUUCGACAUUUUAUUUUAGUAUUUCCUCACUCUGACAAUCGUCGCGUCUCGCCGUUCCGCGGUAACGAUAACGAUAGCGCGCACUGCACUGUACCGUGAAUGCGAGACGUCUAAAAUACGCGUAUAUAAUAAGCGCCGGCGCACCGCUGCUGCAGCUCUUUGGAACGCCGUAUCCCGUCGUGUGCGUGUGCAGUGUCCGAGCGAGACCGAUUAAAAUAACGCGAAAAACCGCAGAAAAAAAAUAAAUAAAAUAGACAAUACGUCUAUUUAGAAAAAGAAAAAAAAAACCACGGUAUAUAAAAUAUAUAUAUUUGGUAUAUACCUAUAUAUAAUAUUAUACGCGGUACCUCCGAGAAGACCGACAGCGCGCGCGUGCCAGCCGUCCGACCGACCAGAGGUAAUUAUCGCUGUUAUUGUUAUUGUUAUUACUAUUAUCAGUAUAUUAUCAUUGUUGUUUGGCUUCCCGGUCCGCCAGCGCGGAUCUGUCUCCCUUACGGCCGCGAAACCAGUGCCCGUAAAUCGGCCGGCCAAAUGUUGCAUUUCAUCUUUUUUUCACAUGCGUGUCGACAAUUGUUUCUAUAGGCGCCCACCGCGGUUUUUGCGUUCGGUAAAGAAAAAAAAAAAAAUAUUCUAAUUUUCGUGACGACGGGACAGCCACCGUCAUGCGUGGUAGUCGCGUGACGGUUUGGCGCGUCCAAAGGAGUAAGCGCGUCAAGAUGUAAAUCACGUGAAUCCGCUGCCCGCUGGCGUUCAUUGUUCACUGCCGUAUCAUUGUUAUGCUAAUCAUAUUGUAAUAUUAAAUAAUUGUAUUAUGAUUUUAUAAUAAAAACAAACAAAAAUGUUUAGUGGUUUUCACCAGUAGUAAUUGUUGUAAUUGUUCAUCAGGCAUGGGUUUGCCAAGAAACUUUGAGGGUUGAUGACAAAUUAAAUCUUUUUCUGCGCCACCGAAAAUCGAGACAGAUUUACGCCACUGGCCGUGAUCUCUAUCCGUCCAGCCGAAAUCUUCCGGUUCGGUCUACGUCGUUUUUUUUUUUUUUUUUUUUUUUUUGCGGUCUAAUAGAUACGUCUUCCCGCCCCCGCGUUGUUGGCCUUACCAAAGGUCUUUUCCAGCCAGUGACCGUGUAGUAAGUAGUCGUUCUUUCAGCUCUUGUUUUUAUAUGCCCGUUUAACGUAGCCGUCACUAUUGCAAGUUGACAAGUCGGCAAGUAUCGUAUUAUAAUAUCGAUACAUAAAUAUUGAACGCGCAACGGUCAAUAAUCACAAACAAAAAACGAUUCUGAUUGUGAGCGGGACUCGUUAAACUGAUAAAAUCAUCUUUCUAUGUAGGCUUAACCUUAAAACGCACAUUAAUAUGACCCGCUCAAUAUUAGAAAAAUCGACUUGACAUACUAUCAUCAUACACGAAAAAUAGAGAUUUGUCUUCUUCUUUGAGCUUCUCUUUUUUUUUUUUUGUGUAAAUACCUAAUUUUUGUUUUUUUACACUUUGGUAAUUUAUUACUUUUUUCACGCGGUAUAAUGCGAGUAUGUCGAUGCGGAUUCAUCUUCGAAACCGCCUGUCUAAACUUUACCGUCCGUCGAGACUGCAGUCAGGUAUAAUAAUAUUAUAAUAGGUAUUAGGCGUGCGCAUACCCAUAGACACGUAAGAUUAUUUCGUUAAUGUCAGCUAUGUUUUCGCAGUUGACCGGAAACGGAAAAAAAAACCAUCUCUAACUGCGACUUCCCGUUUGCCGCCACCCACGAAAUAAUAAAACUAAAAAACCAUUUGUAAACCAGUUCGGAUCGUGCGGUGUAAAAGUAUAUAUAUAAAAAAAAAAAAAAACGUAUUUACCUAUACUCGGCAAUCUCGCGGGUUUAUAACAGUAUUGUGAAAACCCGUCGGACAACGUAAACGUAGUUAUAAUACCCACGUCGUAAUGAAUACGUCCGAGCAGCUUUGUUGUUGGUUUUUGUCUUUCUUUUCACUUUUUUUUUUAUCUUACUUUAAUCACGUAACUCAAUUAAAAAAAAAUAAAAUAAAACCUAUACUCCAACGAAGAAAUCGCGUAGCCUGUGUAGUCAUUAACUAUAACGACAAUACUUUUCUUAUUUAUUUCGUGUGUAUUAUUAUUAUCAUAAUAUUAUUCGCAUAAUUCAAUUUGAGUAUAAAAAUGGUAGAGGGUUGAAUGUCAAAGCCAUCAAAAGGCAUAUUUUCGAUAGUUACUAAUAACAUCACGUAUUAUACAAAAUUGUGUCCCCCUGUUUUAAUUGAGAGGGGAAGGGGGUAUGUAAGGGCGUUCAAAGCUAAAAAACAACCUCCUUAUGCCGUUACAAUAUGGUGAAUUCAUAGUUAAAAUUGAAUCAGAUUUUUAUUAAUUUCAACUCGCCGAUAAAACAACUCUUCCGAUUUCGAGCUUAUACGUAUUUGGUUAAUGGGAAUUGUUAAAAAUGUCUAAAAGUAGCGAGGAAAAUAUUGUAAAGUAGCAAUAGCCUCUACUUUUGGGGAAUAUUCGAAAACAGGCCAAGCUAUAAUGUAGAUUAAUACAAAAAUGAAUGUCUUACAAAUUCGCAGACCGAGACACCGCGGAAGAAAAGAGUCUAUAAAUCCCCGAGACAAUUUCUACCAAAACCGAAUCUACGCAUUUUAAUGUGGAAACAUUUCAAUAGUCAAAGGCAUAGACGUAAUACAAUAAUAUUUUCAGUUGCGACGUAAUAUCCUGACGAUAGUCACACGUGGACUAUAAUUAUAAUUAAAAAUAUAUUUUUGUGAGGCUAUGAAUAUUAAAGUGACGUGAGAUGAGAAUAAUAUUCCUAUGGAGAUUAUUGCCGAGGAGAAUAUUCUCAAUACAUUGUUAUGAAGUUAAAGUAGUUAUAUCUCGAAACGGAUUGAUAUGCUGAACACCUGCAGUGAUGCGGUUUGGUCUAGUUUUUUAAACCAUUUUUGUUUUGAAACCAAUUAAUUUCGAACGAAAUUCAUAUUGAGAUUUUGAAACAUAGUUUCCCUAACAAACUAAAUAUACCAGAGUUGUUGUAAUAAGAAAAUUAUAGAUUAGAAGGUGCCUCAUUCGCCUCGUCCGACAUGCCGCCACUGGUGUUUAUUUUCCGAAAUUAUUUUGGCACUGUCGGAAGUUUUCAAGUAUAUUUUGAGUUUAAUUUUCGCUGUUCGUUUUUUGUGAACUUAAACAUCGGGUUUGGUCGCGUAUUAUUGUCACGCGUUGUUUUUUUUCUCUCGUCUCACAAGCGUUUCAGUGUUUUUUUACGUACACGUACACUGACGACGACGAGCAGCGCAAGUGGUCGAUUUUUUUUCCAUUCGUCGUCAUCGCGUUCGUCUUUCACUUUUUAUUAGUUUUUUUUUUUUUUAAUAAUAUAUCGAUUAUUGUAGAAAAAUAAGUACCGUCAUCGCUGUCCGGGCAUUUCCCCACACCCCCACUCUGUAUCAGUACCUCUCUUUAUUGUUGUAGUUGUAAAACAGUAAUCAUUCCGGACCGUUCACUGCCGCGGCUCGUCGGCGUUGCAUAAUUUUUACGAGAAAAAACACUCACACAUAUACACACAAGUGUGUAAUAAUCGUAAUAUUUAUCAUUAUUUAAUAAUCGGGCCACGAAACCGGUACUUAUACCACUCACCAGGUAUUCUUACACACACACAUACACACUACACACUACACACACACACACACACACACAUAUACACUCGCACACAUAUAAACACUGUCGAUUUGCUGUUGUCGGACGACUACCGACGACGACUUUCACCGGAACGGAGGUGGCCGCUAUGACGUCGUCGUUUCACUCUUCUAAACAUCUCACACGCUCGUGACUUUGUUUUUUUUUCCACAACAAGGACUGUUGUUAUAUCGUUAUUAUGCUACAUAAAAUAUGCAUACAGGGUGAUUUUUGUUUUAUCGUCCGAUAAUACCUACCUAAUAUGUACGACGUACAUUGUACGUAUUAUAGCUCCGCAUUUCUCGUGUACACGAGGAAUAAACAUUCGAAUCUUUAAAACCGUGUGUACUACAGUAUUACCGUGUAACUAUUCACGUUUACGCGUAUGUUCCCGUAUUUUGGACUCACGUAUUUCCACGUGAAUACAUAAACAACACUAAACCACGUAAACACUGAUAGUAAAUUCACGUGCAUUAAGUAUACGUGAGUACCAACAUUUUUCAUUCGCAUGCACUCUUGUUUAAAACGAAACCUUACUGAACCACUUUAACACCAAAUAGCAAACAAAUGAAUAAUGAUUAGUAAUACCUAUAUACAGUGAUUCGAUUUGAAUGGUCAUUUUUUAGACAGUUAAAUUAUAAAUUACUUAUGUACGACAAUAUAUUAAUUAAAAAUGAAUGUGUUUUUUCUCAGUUUAAUAGUUAUUCAAAAUGGUACAAUUUUCAAAUUAAAUAUCUCCCUCCUUGACUAAGUUCUAAAUACUUCAUUAUCGGAUACAUCACGAUACGUUACGUAUAUUGUAAUAAAACGCAUUAAACCUUCAGCUAUUAAAUAUUAUAAUAUUGGAUAUUAAUAUCCUUAUCGACAAUCCGGAGUAAAUAAAAACAAACGAAAAAUUGUUUAUUUCGGCACAAUCUGCAGCAGUAAAUUAUAAUUCGGCAUAAAAUCCGACACGCGUAACCUGCAAGUGGUUCCUACGUAGCUUUUUCGUCGUAAUAAUUUCAAUACCCUGGUCCUCGGUCUUUUUUCGUCGAGAUACGCGUGUUUUAAUUGAACGGAAUUUCUCUCGGUUUUAAUCGUUAAGUGCAGUUAAUUUGUCAAUUAAGAAAUGAAAAUAUCAAAAAAAAAAAAUAAUACAAUUUUCAUAAAAACUUCAAAACUUUAAUCAUUUCACCGUAAGUUCGAUGGCGAAAUGACGAUUUUUAAAAUUUCGAACGAAAAAAUGAAUCACCCUGUAUAAAUACACAAUAAAAUAUUAUAUUUAACGUUUUCGCGGCUAUUAUAAAACGCCAUUCGAACGAUAUAACAUUCGGAAAUACACAACGGGCAUACUAUACAGAUUGGCGACGACGACCGGAUAUACCCGGAUCGGUAUGUUGUAAUACGCAGCACGUAAUCGCUGCCGCCACGCGCCAAGUAUAAACGGAGAAAGAGAUAAAGAGAGAGCGAUAGAGAGGUAUGGAAUAACGUCGUUUGUUCGCUUACGGGGUUUUAUAGUUUUCCUUUAGACACGUAAACCAAAACGAUAAGUGUCCUGCAGAUGGCUGGCAUUCUGCGUGUGAUCGAAUGAUAACGUGCUGCUCUGUAAACGGAAAACACGGAAAACAAGAAAACCGUGAGCCCCCCCCCCCCCGGUUGUGCCAUUGCCGAUAGGUUCGAUUAACAACAACAGUGCAGAGUAAUAAUUAUUCUACAUUAUUAUAUUAUUUGCAGGCAGAAUAAUAAUUAAUUAAAAGUCAAAUAGUUUUAUAAAAAAAUAAAAAAGAAUAUAUAUUUCGUCGGUUGUAUACUCGUCAUCGACAUUUAUAUCGUAGGUAGGUAUAAUAUCGACUAUCCAAUUUACGAAUGCGACCACUCGGGUAACGACUUUUUUUCAGGAAAGUUGAUUUGAAAAUUCAACGAAUAUUAUUUAGCCGACUAUAUAAAACGUGAGAUAAAUUGGUUAUGAAUACAAGUUUCGGUAUACACAUUAUAUUAUAUCAUACCUUAUGUUUCCAUUGUCACUAACGUUAUAUAAAUACAUAAAUUAAUUGCAAUGAGUAUAGACGAUUCGCUUUAGAACUGGAUAUUUUAAACCAAACUAGGUCAUUCAAAACGAAAUAAGAGCUCAGUGCUAGCGCUCAACUAUUUGACUACAUUUGAUUGCGAACUCGAUUUGAAAUUAUUGUUUUGAAAAGGACAAAAGGACAUAAGGUUUAGCCAACUCGGUUUUGAUAAUUGUUUUUUUUUUUUAAGUUUUUGUAAUCUUGAACUUGAUAGUCAAAGUAUAUAAUUAUUAUUAAAAACGGAACAAAUGAGGCCGAUAAGGCUGAAAAAAAAAUUUCUCGAUUUCAUAUAUUGUUACAUAAUUAUUCGUUGCUAUAAUAGGUGGGUACUAAAAAAAAAAAAAAAAAAUUGUCGCGUAGCAAAUAUUUGAAUUAUCAUGAUAUUUUAAAAACGACAAACGUUCCGCGAGUUAAUUUAUAAAGUCGAGUUAUACGCAUAUAUAAUAUCCAACGGAGAUUUCGUAUUAUUGACAAUGAUAUCAAUUUAAUUAUGAACUGGUGAUUAUCUCAAAGGAUUUCAAUAGAAUUUGUUUUUGUUUUUUUAUAAUUAUGAAAUCUCUAAGCUUCAUAUUAACAAUAAUUCCAUUUUAUUCUACUGUUCUUCUUAUACCUGAAAUGUAUGUACACUUUGGAUUUGCAAACAGCAAUAGAUUUAUAAAAGUAUCCGUAUUUAAAUGCCUUCCCUGCUCCUCCGGUCUAAACUUUAAACUGUUAUAAAUCAUACACGGUAAAUUCGAUAUUAGUGUUAGGUCUAUUAAAAUUUGUAGGAAAGUAUCUUUCAUUGGGAAUUGUCUUCAAAAGGUGGAGGGGGGAGGCAGUGGAUUGUUAUUUGAAGAUAGUACGCAUUUCAGGCAUAAGGAGUAGGCGUGAAAAAUUGAAAAUAUUAUUAAAAUAAACCCGAAACGAUGCCGUAAUUAUUUUGAAAAAAACAAAACACAAAUUCCAAAUACACUUAAAAUCCUCUGAGAAAAUCGCUUGUUCGUGAUAAUAUGAUCACUCUGUAUAGGUAAAUAUUAUAUCGAUUUCAUCGUCACUAAUUAAGUUGUUUCUGAUCAAUACGGAAUAUAAUUUAUACGUUAAGAAAUCGAUCGGCAGCACCAUCGAGUGUUUUUUUUCUUUGAGUCACGAGUCUCCUCUCUCUGCAUUAUAAUUUAUUAUUAAUAAAAUCUUUACAAAUGAAUAUAGUCGUACUAUGAUAUUAUUAUUACUAUACCUACUCGAGCUGUUGAGAUUGUAUUCUAAUCGAAAUCCGCUUUAUUAGUCGAUAUAUUACAAUUAAAUAUCUAUUGUUUGCCGACUUGCUGCUGUAAUUUCGCUACCGUUGUCGAGACAACAACCUCUUAUCUCGUGUUUUUUUUUCUUUUAUAAUAUAACAAUCACGACAUGAACUAUUGAACAAAUCGGCUUUUUCGACUUAAAAUAUACAGAGUGAUGAAUUCUUGACAAGGCACUCAACGGACCUCGCGGAAAGUAUUACGUUUUUUCGGAAUUGGUUUUUUUUAGAACACAUAAGUAGCUCUAAAAUUUUACAACGUAGUUUUAUUUAUCGGUGGUGGAGAAUCGCCACCCACAUUUGAUUCUCAAAUAACAACUUAUGUUAAAAAUUCCAUAAAUAGACAAAGUUUAAGUUUCAAUAAGUUUUGCAAGUAUUAACAUUUGUAAUUACCCUCAACUCAUUAACGUGAUAUUCCUCUUGAUAAGGAUAAGGGUAGGGUAAAGACGCAUUAUGCAAACGUCGCACGCCGUACUACCACAUAAAUAAUAAUCCACCACUUUCCUGCUACCCAAAACUUAAAAGUGUCAUAUCUCGUCAACUGCGACGGUUUAACAGAAAAUCUAUUUUUUUUUUCUUUUUUGAACAUAGCUAUUGCUAUUUAAAAAUCAAACGUGGCUGUUGAUUUCAUUCCUAAGGGUAAGGGCAACAAAAAUAACUUAAACAUAACAUUUCAGAAAUGCUUAUUGUUUGAUAAAUUGUCGAAAAACAAAAUUCCGAAAAAAUAUUAUACUUUCCGAGAUAAAAAGUGACUUAUUAAGGAUUGCAUAACACACGUUUACCUUGGCAAUCGUGUCUGUCGGUAUCUGUAUGAAUAAUAUACACGCAUAUAAUAUACACAAUAUAGGUACGACAUACGUAAUAACUUCGAAAAAUUGAUUUUUUUUUUUUUAUAAAAGUAUACACUAUAUUUGUUUUUGACCAAAAAGUUCGUUUCGGUGAAAUUAAAACCUCAUACGUCGAGUUUUACGAAUAUCAAAACCUCGUUUUGUCAAAUUUUGAUUUUUUUUUUUUCGAAUUAACAUCAGAUUUACGUUGAUGUAACACUAUAUGGGUACUCAUUGGGAUGGGGACGAAAGGGGGAUAUGUCCCCCCUUAGGAAAUAAUUAGGUAUCCAAAAAAUAAUUAUUUAUACUUUGAGUCUAUAUAUAUAUAUAUAUAGUAAAAAUAGAUUGUAUUAUAUUCUUUAUACCGAUGAUGUGCACCAUAGACUUUUGUUUAUCACUAAGCUGAUGUUUAUACAUAGAUACAUACCCUUUCUUCCUCAUUCCAUUUCAAUCGUACAAAAAUCGACUCGCCAGAUUUCGCCACGGAGUCGACACGAUACAAUGAUAAUAUUAUUACAAAUGUUAUUACCAUUUAUGCCGGACGGGCAACAGCAGUAAUACAAUUGAUCGAAACCGAGCGAUCAACGUAUUCGGGUAUGUGCGUUUUUUUAUCCGUCGAUCGAUUGUAUCCGGUAUUAUUUCCGCGUAUUCGGCCGGCAGUUAUAUACCUAAUAAUAAUAAUAAUAAUAAUAUUAUUAUUAUUAUUAUUAUUGAAAGACCGGAUACGGAACGAUUAUAGACAUCAGUCGUGAACUGACCGAGAGAAAUGCCGGCGAUUAUGACGAGUGAAAUCUUCGGAACGGACCGCGUGCCCGUGUCUGUGCGAUAUCACUAUGUAUUAUUUUUUUACCGACGGGUUUGUCGACGUCAUCUCGUCCGUUCACGUAAUAAUACCUGUUAUAUCGUUAUAACGAUGCGCAUUCGUAGUUUUAAUAUGUUGCACAAAUAAAAUAAUACUGCAUAAUAUUAUUAUUAUCUGCAGUGGCGUGCGUAGUGUUAUCGCUCUGUAAAAACUGGGCCCGCGGUCCAAAUGAUUAUCCUGUUUCGUAAAAAAAACUAUAUUGUACGUGUUAAAUUAUAAUGGAGAAAUCAUAGCACGAAGUGUGAUUGAUUGUUAUUAGAAGAAAAGAAUUACAACAAAAUUAAACAUAUUGAUCGGAAUAAAAAAACACGUAAAAUUUAAAUUUAAAAAGAAAUACGAUUGUAUAAGUAAAAGCAUUACGCAAUUUGUCAACAUAGUUCCCAUCAUUAUAUUUGACACAUUUGCUAUAACGAGACACUAGAUAGAACGUCAUAGAAGUACGCCGCUUGUGUUUGUCGUCAGCUUUUUUCACCUCAUCGUCAUAUCCGUUGAAGUUCUAGCCACCAAAAGAAACGAUUUCACGUGUAAAAAAAAAAAAAAGAUGAAAAUCACUAGGUGCCGGGUAUAAUUGUUUGCAAUUCUUUGUCAAAAAUAUGGCAUUCGUAGUUUUGUAAUUCAACAUUUUCUAAUUAAAAAGUAUAAUGCAUUAGCAGUUUUCUAAAACAAUGAUAAGAAAUGAACGAGUUGAUAACUUGUCGAGUUUCGAUUACGGUCGAUUGUACAAUUUUCGGCUAAAAUACGAUUCAGCUGUUUUAUUUUUUACUUUUUUGUAACGCCCUCUCCACAUCACAGGCGGACGGCUAACUAUUGAAAAUCCAUCGGUAAUUUCUAAAGUUAUUUAUUUUUAUUUUUCUCGCAAUCGCUUGUCGAGUGUUACGCCACAGCGCAAAUUGUGUGUCAUACGAAACGCUUAAAAAUGAAUCAAUAGUUAAUUAACUACGAACUCCAUAAACGAUAUAGCCGUAUAGGUACGUUCGAAUUAAAAAAAAAAAAAAAAGAGAAAGACGAUAUGUUGUGCGAUACGUCGAUACAAAAUGAACGAAAACAAACGAUUGAAAGACCGAUUUUUCACUUCAGGCGUAAAAAUCGUAAACGCAACACGGCAUAAUAGUGGCGGUCAAAUGAUUUUGUCUUGGGGGGGGGGAGGAUGAUAAGAACAAUUUUUAUGAACGAUACGUAUUAUUUUUUUUAAACUCUAAAGAUAUAAUAACAAUAUACGUAUAUAACAAUAUCGUAUGUGCUUUUAUGAACAAUCAAGACAAAAUGGAAAUGGGGAGGGGUAUUUAUCGCCCUCUUAACCCCUUCCAGCGUUUCAGAGAUGGCUUAUCUGAUAUACUUCUCGAACGGUUUAAUAGUCUGUACAGUGUACAUACUUUGUUAUCAUUCAGACACCGCCAGAUGCGGUGCGGAUUUUGAGUAAAACGCCCCAAUCGUGCCGCGCCCGGUGAAUUGUAAUUGUUGUAACGACCGCGGUUACCGGGCCGCGGCGCAAACGUGCGGUGGUCGCUGACCGUGCACCGCGACCGACCUGUUACGGAGGCAAUAACCCGAAACGGUCGCUGGCGCCGGGGCGAGAGAGAGUGAAAGACAAUAUCAUUUGAUCGUGGUCGUUUACUAUUGUAAAAGUGGCGAUUGUAGUGGACCUUGGCCGACGACGCGUACAAAAACGUCGGACGACAGCGAUCGAUAUAUUAUGACCGUUUUUGUUAUUUUUUAUCCCCUUUUUUUUUUUUUUUUUUUUUUUUAAUAGAUCGGUAUUAUCACGCGGGCGUCGGGACAAGGGCGCGAUAGUUUUGCAGGCGCUCGCAACUCGCAGAGACUGCAUAGGCGUGCGCAGAAUUUUUAAAUUCGGGUAGUGCCCGAGAAAAACGAAUUUAUUAGAUCAACCCGAUCAACUUUUAUUUCCUUUCAAUACCAAAUAUUACAUAAUAAUAAUUAAUCCUGUACACUGUCUUUAAAUUGAUUUUCACAAUUCUAUCGAUUACCUAAUUAAAUAUCAUAUACACUCCGAAAAAGUAAAAGUAAUAGUUUCUUUAUCAUCUUCAAUCGAUAAUCAUAGUAUAUAAAUAAAUAACUUGGAUACUUUGACCGGGACACGAGUUAUCUCAGUGAGGCCCAGUAAUCUGUAAAACGGUUUUUAAUUAAAAUAAAAUAAAUUACAUUCAAGCCGCAGCAUAUUUGGUAACACAGCCGUAAAAUAUAAGAACGAAAUUGGCAGUGAAGUCGAAAUGCAUGAACUACAUAUUAAAUUAAGGAAAGAAAAAGUGAUGGUAAUUUAAAAAAAAAUAAUAAAUGUGUACCUAAUGUUAUCAUAUGUCGACAUAAUACCAAAAAAAAAAAAAAAAUGUUCAGGUAGUGCCCAGGCAGACCCGGCACGCCCUGUGCGCAUGCCUAUGCAUACGUAUACAGUAUUAUAAUAUUAUGACGUAAAGCCAAACAAAUGUGUACCAGAAACGUUUUCCCCUUGGAAUCCUUGUCCCGAUCCCCGCCACUACCACUGCGGUUAACCGCCGUUGCCCAACUUAAGUUUUUAAAAUGCAUAUUCUUUAAUUUUCUUUUUAAACUCGCACUCGCAUUAGUCGUGGGCUAAGCAAUGGGAAAUACCUUUAUAAAUUACUAUUAUUUUGUAUCCAGCCAAGUCCUUUGUCAAGUCCUACUGUUUCUACUGGUCAGGUCGAGGAUUUCAAUGGCUCUAAACCUAGCGAAGUACUCAAUGGCAUUAGCACUUUGUUUUAUGUAAUUUUUAUAUAUAUAUAUAAAGAUUACGUGCACGCACGCGCGCGCGCCACGCUGCGGGAAUAGGUGAACGUGAAAUAAUAUUAUUGAACGCGGCCUUUUACGGAUCUCCGAUGGAGAAAGAAAGGAGAGGUGACUUGCGAGUGGGCGUGUAAUGCAAUAACGGUUAUAUUUAUUUAGAUUCGUGAAUUACGCUACAUAAAAAAAAAAAAAAAAAUGAAAGAAAGAAAAAAAAUCACUGAAUUUAUCCGCUAAAAUGAUACAAACAGAAGUACAUUGUAGCUCGUUGCGUAACGUGAUGGCACAAAUCGCGCAACCGUUUCGUAUACAAAAAGUUAACGAGAAUAAAUUUUCUAAAAAAGUCAGUAGUUUUUUUUUCCAUCACGUAUUAUACGCGAUUUAGUCAUUAUUUACACGUAAAUUAUGAAAAAAAAACUGCAAUAUUUGUCAAAAAAAUAUCAUUAAAUUUGAUUUAAAAAUAAAAAAAAAAAAAUCGAAAAAAUAUUGUUAUUAUUUUGAAAUUUAACUGAAAAAUAAAAUUAAUAUUUUGGAGUUUUCGUGAUAUUGCUAACACUGGUUGGCCACUGUUAUAAGUGGGUAGUGGGAAAUAGUUAUAGGAUAUGCGGGGUAAUUUAUUUUAUGAAUACUGCAUUUGCAACGAUACAAUAUCACUGCGAACGAAAUAAAAAAAUUCUGAGCCGAGUUGCCCAGGUGACCGAGAAAUCGACCAAAACCAAAUGGAGAAAAGAAAAAGAACUUUAGUAGCGAAUUUCUUAAAAUUUUGAUAAAUAUUUCAAACAAAGUAAUAGAAAUAAGUAACGAUAGUUAUUAUUUCGGUGCAACUGAGCGUAAAAAAUCAUUAAAGAACCCGAUUAAAAAACUCCAAACAAAACACGGUGAGUGUAUGUGGAAGCGGGAGGGGGUAACCCGGUCAUCGUUGUCGACCGCAAAACGGAGUGCGGUCCGUAAUACUUUCCAAUAACGUAUUCUUAUCUAAAUGUAUUAUGUAUUAUUUAUUUACACACUACAUCGUUAUCAUAAUAACAUGACAAUAUUGACCCACACGUGAGCGUAUAAAAUAUAAUAGCCAAUACUGUUGUGCUCGUGCGAUUUUUUUUCCUUUCGAUAUUUCGCUCUGGCCGCAGCGUAUGAAAAAAAAAAAACGUAUGUUGGGAGACUAUAUAGCUGCGGAGGUAACAAACGACAUUUUAAAAAUUGUUUAAAUCGUUUUUAUUCAAAGUUAUCGGCAUUACACUCUGUUCAACUUUUUGCCCUGUGCUACAGCUUUUCCACGGCCCAGCCCGUGAAAAGUCGCUUUCAAAAAUAUCCUCGAUCUUUUCGGUCACGGCUUUGAUUCUCAUUGGUACCAAAAUGGUCACAGCGAGCUCUAUUUUCAAUUUCGGGAACAGACUACAGUCUAUAGGGCUUAAGUGUAGCGAAUACGAGGGGGAAGGGGGCGUCAAGUACCGGAACUGUUAUUUUGGUCGAAAAUCGGACGACAUAGUUUUUCCGCAGUGUAUACUGAAGCGCUGUCCUGCAACAAGAAAAAAUAUUAAUUUAGGCCCACAAAGCGGAUCUUACGUGCGUGCAAAUAUUUUCUCUAGAGGCGAUUCUCCGAUACGUUUUUAUUGAGUGCGAUAUUGGCGGUACGUCCUGAGGGCAUAGAAUCCACCGUCCCUCGGGAACAAUCAAUAUGAUUCGGGUCCUGGAGUGUGCAAACAUUUGGGCUUUGGCGGAUAAAACAAAUAAUGCCCCCGGGUUUCCGACGGGAUAGAAACACAAUUAUAUUAUUCUUUUCGCUGUAAAAUUUGUCUGAUAACGUUUUCUCAAACAUAACAGAUGACCGGUUAUUGCAUAUAUAAUAAUAUGUGACUCGUUGCAAUCAUUACGUUGUGUACAGAUAUAAUAUAUAUUUAUAUAUUUCUCUCCUGCGCCAUACCCGCGAGACGCGACAAGUGUUGCGUCUGCAUCACCACAGCCGAAACCACCCUCGUCGAGAAUCGUCGCUAGCAGUAUUUCGAAAUUUAAAUCAAAAUCAUUUUCGAAAGAGACGCGUUCAAAUUUAAAUAUUACAUUAUAGACGACCGAGAAAGCGGUUUCACUACAUUACGGCGGUCAAAAUCGGUUAAUUUAAUUCUAUACGCGAUUAUCUAUAAUCGGAUAAGGGUUCGCGUCGCUAACACUGUCGUGUUGUCUCAACGAUCUCGCACGUAAUAAUAUAAAUAGCAAAAAAUUACGGGCUGUUCGGACGUUCGGUGAACAAUUGUUUAGUGAGGCGGCGGCGACGGCUGCUGUUUCGGUCUGUUUCGAAAAACCGACACCGAUCGUAUAUCCGGGAGCUUAAUAGCCGGACGAGUGUGAAAAAUACGAUAGUAUGAUAAACAGGACUCGGAUUUAUGACGCUCACUAGGAAAAAUCGUGAAAUAUCGGCAGGUAUGAUAUUAUUGAGCUCUUAAAAACCGUUUUGGACUAGCGGAGAAUACAGGGGACUAUAUUGUAUAAAAGAAAUAAUUAAAAAACGAAACGUUCAACAUAAAAAUAUAUUAAAGCGGUAACUGUCCCCUUCUCGACAUAACCCGUAGCGGUCACUGUAUCGGGGGUCCUGCGUGACCGUCUCGCGUGAGAGUUCGAUUUUAAACUCGUGUAACAUAUUUGUAAUAUUAUUUUACGUUUUUCGUAGUAAAAGUCACCCAAUUCAAGUUCUACAAUUUUACAAGAGUAUGUCCGUACUCUGGAUAUUAUAAUAUACGAAUGCACACUCGCUCGCGAAACGGUUUUUAGUGUUUUUACAGCGAUACGGUCGUUCUAAUAACACCGGUACUCGUGCAGAUAACAAUAAUAUUUUCAAAAAAACAAAAUAAAAAUAAAUAGGCACUGUUCUCGCGGGUCGGGCACUGCCGUAGAGUAAUUUAGUUUAUACACAAUACUAUAGACGUUUCUCCCCUUGUUUUCUAUGGGAGAUCCAUAAAUCGACAAAACCAAAAAAAAAAAAUGAGUAAAAUAUCAGAAAUGGUCGAAAGAGAAUUGUUCAAAAGCAAAAUCGGAUCUUAAACGCAUAACGCUUGAAUCGUUUCGGAGACAUUCGGCAACUGUGUACGCGGCAUUACCGUCGAAAUAUAAUUAAAGUUGUCGAUUCGCGGACCGCAUUAUAUUAUAAUAUUGUAAUCGAGACGCGAUUAAACCGAAUUCGGUACAUCGAACCUACCAAUACACAAUAAUAUUCAAUACUAUACGCGUGUAGGUAGUCGGCGAUUGUUGCGUAAAAUUGUAUAAUAAUUAUUACUGUAAAAAACGAGAACAUUUCUGUAUUAUAAUAUUAUGCGUAGUGUACAAGCGGACCGCCUUGGCCGUACGGUCCGUCCGGUGAAAGUGCGCGAAAAGAACGUCCGCCGCCUUUUACCCCGGGGGAGACCGCGGUCGUACCACGGCGAAAAACAAGAAUUGACGUUAAUAUAAACGUUGCGACAUUUUUUUCUUUUUAAUUUUUUUCCCGUAAAAAUACCCACGUGCCAGUAGCCCUCGCGAGCAAAAAAAAAAAAAAAAACUCGCUGUAAGUCACUACUACGUUACGCAGAUAACGUCGUGUAUUGAGAAAAACCGCGUUUUUCUAUUUUGCAUUUUCGAUAUUUCCGUGCGUUUCACUUCUUUCAAAGCACGAUGCGGAUUUUCAUACACUGUUGUUUUACCCGGCGAACGCACUGGAACAAAAAUAAAAUAUCUCGUGCCGACUUGUCCGACUUUUUAUAAUAUGAGUACGUAAAAUUCGUAUUACGAUUUGCUGGAAUUAGUUGUGCGACACACAUUUUACACGUUUCCGUGUGCGGAAUUUUUUUUAGAGGGGGUCGAGAUUUUAAAACGCUAUCGCGGUAUGUCGAAGCCGCUUUUUGCAAAAAAGCCUAACCUUACCGUACGAGUAUAUAAUAUGGAUAAUACCGUAUUAUAUGAGCGUUUUUGAACAAUUAAUCAAACGAAGAAAGUUUAUAUUAACAUUAAUAACAAUAACGACGUUAUUAUAUUAUCACUAUACGCGUCAUAAUAUUAUUAUCACACCCGUGCGGGCAAUCCCGGCCCCGGUAUCGGGCCACCGCCCCGACCGCAAAACCGCAGAUGCACUUUCCAAUUGCGCGUUAUUCGUUCUGUUUACACUGUACGCGUAGGUACACCGGAAUAUUGUUGUCGCGCCGGUGCACUCGCACGGUAUUACGUGUACCGCGAACGCGGUAAACGGGGUCACAGGUACCGGUAAAGUCGCCGUCGCGUCGCUACGUUAAUGCGAAAAAAUUGUUUAAAAAAAUUCGCAUUAAAUGUCAUAAACCGGGUUAUUGUGUAAUCUCCGCCGCCGUCGCGUGCAACGAUUAUAUUGCCGAGCCGCCCACUUUGCAGCGUACAACACGAUAUUAUUAUUAUUACCAUCGGCUAACCGUACCGGUUACCGUACCGGAGAGUUCGGGUUAACGAGCGGCCGAUUAGCGGCGCGUCGACUUGCACACGAUUACACGCGCCGGUAACGACCGGCACGGGGGAGUCGGCUGCUUUUACCGCGCGGACGCCGCGACCGUAUGCGCUCGUUCGACCGGGCGACCGUCCGCCACAACGCUCUGGCAAACCGUUCGGCCCGGACCGUAUGCGCCGCGACCGCAGUCCACCGUCCCAGCCCGACCGAACCUACACUAACCCGACCCCAUCCAAUCCCGUCGCUGCAACACAAUUACAUUUCGUUUUGUGAUAUUUCACGUGUCUAAUAUUACGGCGAUUUCGUUAUAUUAUGUGUAUGAUUUUUUUUUCUCUUCGUUUAUCAUAGAUACCGACCGAACGCGACCUGACGCCGGCCGGUCGAGACCGCGUACCGGGAUGAUGCCGCGGACAAUGUCGGGACGUCGGUGUUCCGCGGUCACGCCGACCGUUGCUCUGAUACUGUUGUUGGCGGUCGCCGCGCGUCUGCCGACCUGCGCCCGGGCGUCUGCUCUGCGACCCGUCUCCGCGCAGCCGUCUGGCGGUGCGGUCGUCGCGGUCGCCGGAGACGGCGACGACGCCGCCACCGAGCUGACCGCCAGACAGCGGCGGGACGCGCCCGCCGCAGUUCCAACGCCGACGGCCGCUAAGACGGUGGUCCGCAAAAAGAGAACGAUAUUCAAACUGAAACCGCUAAUCGUGCUGCCGGCCAAGGUGGCGCUGGGCGCCGGCUCAAAACUGGUGGCCGGAGCCAAGUUGGGCGCCAAGGCGGUCGGACUUGGUGCCAAGGCACUGGGCGUCGGUGCCGUCGGCCUGAAAGCCGUCAAGAAGGUGGCCAAAGUCACCGUGAAGGCGGCCACCGCGCUUGGCGUGAAAGCGGUCCUGCUCAACUUUUUGUUCCAGGUAAGUCCCGUGCGCGCUUCCGGCCUAAUUAUAAUUUGUUACCAGCCAACCCGAGGCUGGUCGAUAACAAAGUCGAUUUUCCGUGUACAAGCACAAAGAUGUUAGCCACCCAUUCGUUAUCGCGUAUACGUUUUUUGUUUGUUCAAUAUUCUCCGUGUCGUUCCCUCGGAGAUUUUUUCCUCAGAGACAUAAAAUAUGAACACCGAGUGCCUUUGGUUAAUUCUUGGUGUUUUACGUCGGUUUUCAAUAAAAUACAAAAAAAAAUUCCAUUCGCAGAGAGAACUGCGUGCGGUAUAAAAAAAGAUUAGGUAACUCGCUAUUUUGUCUUGUUUGUUUUACACAAGUGGCAAAUUUGACGCACCUGAAUUUCGCCGCUCCUAUUACCCGCCAAGCAGAACACAUGCUGACAUUAGCCAAUUAAGUCCAAAAGUCGUGUUACAUUUUCGCUUAGGCUGUAUCACGAAAAAACUCAAAACAAAAUUAUUGCGCAAUUAUUUGCGGAACGACUGGAACGCGAUAAAAUUCAACACGUACUACACGACGUUAUUACCGACUUAAUGCGUCCAAUAAUAAUACUAGUCGAAGGCUAUUAUAUUAUAUUAUACCGUACGAAUUAUUAUGAUUUUAGAAAAUCAACCAGGCGAUCGACUUUAAAACGCGCCUGUUGAGCAAUCUGGACCAGAAGAACAGGCUAAAGAACGCGCAAUUCCUCGGACCGAUAUUGCCGAAUUCUCCGAAAUCCUCCUCGGGGUCUAUCGGAAACAAGGUAAGUCGGAAAACUGCAGACAAUCCUAUUGUUUUAUGAUUUUUCGAUAAUACGCACACGCACACUAGCACAAAUUAACAUUAUACGACGAUGACGUACUCCGGGGCGUCCUAGAAAGUUUGACCCCGACCAUAUAAGGUUUUUUUUUUUUUUACUUUUUAUUAAUAGAUUAGAAUGUUAAAAACGUUUAACGAGCCGUUCUAUUAGAGAGCUCUAAUAAUGAAUCGUUACAUAUAUUUAUCGAUUUGUUAAACGUUCGUUGAACAUAGCGGCUCCGUAAACCGAAGCUCAUCAGUUCACUAAAUGCAAUUAGUAGUUUACUAAUAAAAGCCUUACGGAAUUAUUACAACAUUUUAAUUCUCUUCAAUUUCCACGAUAUCAUUUUUCACUCCUCGUGCUUUUCCGUUCUCCCUUUUAGUUCACAAUACAAUCGUAUUUUAUUUAAUGAAACGUUUAUGCAAUUCAAACGGCCCGCCGAAAUAUUGUUUAACGGUCCAAUGUGUUUUUCAAUAAAUAUAACAAACGAGAUUUUUAUGCAACUCGGUACUACGAUAGGGUGUUUUGUUUUUUUGUUUUCAUUUCAAUUCACUUUUAUGUAGAACACACUCGACACAUUGUCACUUGAUACACUGGUUUACCUUCUCGACAGUCAGAAAUCGACUCUAACCUAACCUAACCUAUCCAGAGCAGCGCGUGUCGCGUAUAUUUUUAGGUCAACCGCAUUAUUGGAGACUUGCACUCUACACAAUAUUAUACUCGUAAUAACGACUUGUCAAAAAAAAAAAGUCAUUACAUUUCAUUUCUAUACUGGUUUAUUUUUCACCAGUAUAACAUAAGUUAUAUUUUUUAAAAAACUGCCAAUGUAUUUGAAAUGUAAUUUUUUUUUAAAAAAUUUCUAUCGCCAUUAUUAUAUGAAACGCCCGAGUAUUAUAACACAUGGGCGUUUCAUAUAAUACAUAAUCGUAUAGGCAUAAAUAGCACAAAUAUUUUUGUAGCGGGAGGAGAAGACUUGAGGCACCCACAAUAUUGAUUAUGUAAACUUUGUGUUUGCAUGAUAACAACUUGAUUUAGGGGAGCUGGUUAAACCCCCUCCCAUCCAAUUGAUUUUCAUAAAUGCCUACAUCAUAUUGCAUAUGAACGGUACUAUACAAUAUAUGCUCGAUAGAACUUUCUGGGACGUGCCACUUUGUAUAGAUACUAACACACACUCACACACACACUUCUCGCACUACUUUUUUGUUAUUUUCUUAACGUAACCGUCACAUCACCAGCACCGUUAACUGUAUUACGAAAAUCACCAUCACUAUAAUUCAAAACCCACAUCAUCUUCGAUCCUUAAAUAUUAUACAGGAUGAACGACUUUCACAAUAAGUCAGUUAGAACCAUGAACCAGUUGCGAUUUUCUCCGGGGAUUUUAAGCGAAUUCGAAUUCGAUUUCUGUUUUUUUUUUGAGUUAUGGAACCGUUUAAGCUUUGUUUAACAAUGUUUUGAAUGUUUCACCAUUACUCUCUGUACAUACUCACUAUAGGUAUAGAGAUACCUCAGGUGAGUACACACUUUGGAUUGGCAAAUAGCUAACAGCUCCAUUUGAACACAGAUUCAAAUGGAGAAUAUUUUCCUAAAAAUGUUAAUAAGCGUAACACUAUAUAAGAUUGGAAUUACCGUUUAUAACAGUGUAAAGUUUAGACCGGACCAGUAGAGUUAUGGGUCAGCAUUAAUAUUGUAGAAAAAUAUCCUCUGUUCGAAACCGUUUCAACAUGAGGAGGGGGGGGGUUGUUAUUUGAAAAACGAAAGUGUAUACUCGUAUCGCUAUUUCAGGUUUAAGGAGUGGGAAUGAAAUAAAAUAAAGAACAGUUCUAUAAUUAUGUACAAAAACACAAACAAAUUAACAAAAAUCAAAUUCCAUUAAAAUUCUUAGAUAAAAUCGACGGUUCGUGGAUAAAUUGGCCACUCGGUGUAUGUACAUUGUGUUACACAAGUAUCUAACCCGAAUCGUGGUAACGAUGCCGUCUGGCGCGUUGCCGCCCGCUCUGUCUACAGUUUCGAAUAUUUGAAUUCAGUAUUUUUUAAGCGUUUAGAAUCUAGUGGAAUUUAGAACGUUUAGACGUGUUCGGGCCGAAAAGGUUUACGGACAGGAGUGUGGCGAAAAAUUCGUAUCGUUAAAGUCGUUAAAAUAUAAAAAAAAAAAAAAAAUAUUGGAAAUUUACCGAACCGAAGACGAUUUCAAAAACCGACUCUCUCCCACCCUUAACGUUCGUUAUCAAAUUUUAAUACGUCCAGACACAAACAGAAACAAAAAACACAUACACACACAGACACACGAGAAUAUAUUAUACGAAACGUAUUAUUUGUCGUGUGCGAUCGGUCGACUGUGAUAAAAAAUAAAAAAAAAUAAAAAUACACCGUUUAUGACGACGGCGACGGCGACUAGAGGAAAACUGGAUGUCGAAACCCGUAAAAACAAAACAAAAACCGGCAACGACAGCCAAUCGCGGUACGCGAUUAAUAAUAAUAAUAAUAAUAAUAAUAACAACAACAACGACAACAACGACAACAACGACAACAGUAAUAACAACCGUAAUAAUAGGCAUUAAUACGAGCGACGACGACGGAGACGGACGAACGGCGACACAUAAAUAACAGCGCAACAAUGAUAAUAAUAUCGUUUUACCGUUCGCGCGCGUAAACCGUACAAAAAAACACUUACGACCACUGUCGACUGACGACCACGACGACCACCGUUCGGUGUGCGUGCGCUCGGAGAAUUUUGCGAAUGUACGCGCGUAUUACCUGCGUCAUGUGUUAUUAUUAGGACGACGCCGCCUCCAACGAAACGGCCGUACCGUCCGGCUUCGUGACGGAAGGCUUCGCGCCCGGCUCCAAUCUGAUCGCCUCGACGCCGCCGGGUUUCGCCGACUUCCCGGCCGUGCCGCAAGACAUACCGACCGGCCAACAGCCGGACACGGCGGCCACAUCACAGGGUGUCCCGGGCGCGCCGCAGGGGUUCGUUGACGUGCCGCAGCGCGGCUUCGGGCCCGUGCCGCUGGGCUUCGCCGCGGCCAACGACGACGGGUCGCCGGCGUCCGAGAACUCGUUCUGAAGAACUUCGCCACGGCCCAAGAGCGGAAGAGCCGCGUACUCGCCGCCGCCGCCGCCGUGACCACGUCGACUACACCCGGUUUCCCGCGGUCCGCACGAUGCGUCCAGUAUACCGUCGCGUCGGCCGCAUCAUCAUCAUCGUCAUCAUCGUCAUCGUCAUCAUCAUCGUCGUCGUAGUCACCGUAGUCGCCGCGUAUACGCAUAAUACAAUAUCAUUUGAUUCGAUAUUAUUACAUAUUACGAUAUUUUAGUCAUGUUAGCGUAGUUAUUAUACCGCGAUAACGCGUGGGUAGUAUAAGUUUUACGGUAAUGAUUAGCGAAUAUCAAAGCCACGUCAUAUUACCGUUAUCGUUGUUAGAUUAUUUUUUAUCGUGGGUAAUUACAAGCGCAGUACUUCGGGGGGGGNGGGGGGGGGGGGGGGGGGGGGGGGUUGUCGACGUUAAUCAAACGUAUAUUUUUCCCCCUAAUUCUAUUGUUUGGUCCGAUUGAAAAAAUAGCUUUUUUUUUUUUUUUUUUCCCGCAUCAUUUUAGGACCUAUGAUUUUCUCGACAUUCGCCUGGUUUAAAAACAUCACUCCGUCGUUUCGGCGCGAAAUCCAAUGUGUCUUGCCAAACAUCAGCAACACUGAGGUUACCGUACUGAUAAGGACGUGUUAAUAACGUUAUCGAUCCGAGAUAUAUGACAGGGCGUGAUUUCGGUCAGUGGCGACCCGCCAAACCAGAAACCGGGUAAGACGCAUUUGAUUCCCGUCAUUACCGAUCGUUAUGAAUAGUUUUCAAUUUAAUUUUAAUUCCGUAUACGGCCACAAGCCGAGUAGUUUGGCGUGGCGUAAUUCGUUCUGUUCCGUAGUAAAAUUUUUGUUCGGCCCGCGUAAUUAUUGGCCGUACACAUUUUGAAAAGUCGAAAUUGACGUCUUGCGCUGUACUUUCGAUUUCCGGGCGGCAAACGUCGUCGUCGUUUUUUUUUUAUCGAUUGCACGAUCGUUUCACAAACCGUACUCGAUCGUUGAUUGUUUUUUUUUUUUUUCACACUUGCGUCGUAAUUCUAAUUAAUUUUAAGUACGCGUCGCGUCGCAGACCACCGUAAAACGUUUUCGCAAUCGUGAUUUCAACGCCGCCGUAUGAUAUUUCGCAUUUUUUUUUUUUUUGCUUUUACAGUCGCCUCGCGGAUAAUCGAAAUCUCCGUUAUCGCGCGUAUCGCGUCAUAAUGAUACUUGCCGCGUGGUUCCCCGUUUACCGUUCCGAAUCUUCGCGUUUGACCCGUUAGCUCUUAUCACUGUUACUGUCAACGUUUCGGGGUUUUUUUUCGUUAUCAUUGUUAUUAUCACGCACAUCGCACGUCGCGCGGCCGUCUUUUUAUCGCGUGCGUGCAGUGGCCAUCGGAGCCGCACGCCGUUCUCGCAGGAACCCGGGAAUCUCAAACCACGCGCAGCAAAAAAGGGCUCGCGUCAAUUUCGAAAUUAAUUUUUUUUUUUUAAAUUCCUCACCGGCAUACUACGCGCACACAUCUUUUACCCGGAUAAAACCCUAAUGUUACUAUCAUAUUUUCCCUCGUGAUUAUAAUUUUUUCGAUAUUAAAUCGUCAUUCCUCGAAUGAUUUUUUUUUUUUUUUUUUUAAAUUACGUCAUUUAUAUUUCAUCGCCCGAAGAUGACUUAAAAUCGGUCAUACCUUUCUCGGCACUACUAUGGCGCUCGCGACAAGCCUGACGACUCGGGCCCACGAGAGCGCGUUUCCGCCGAAAGGGUCGCGGAAUCCAUAUCAGUUUUGUAAUAAUAAAUACAGGUACACAGUUUUAACGGAAAAUACUCGUGGCGAUUUUCGCACGGUUCACAGACGCGUCGAAAACCCCCGUGACGGCUCCGAUUAGCUCGGUACCGGCAUAUUAAUACGGUGUUGUUAUACUGCGGUAAUAAUCUUAUGCGAGAACAUUCGGUAAUUUUCGUUUUUUCCCCCUUCGAAAUUCACAGCCGGACACUCACAAAAAAAAAAAAAAAAAAAAAAAAAACACCGUACGCGUUAUUCAAUUAACGAAAUUUACUUUAUCGGCAACCAUCGAAACAGUAUUUUUGGUCUUUUAUAUUUCAGUACCUAUACGGGUACGUAAGUAUGUUUCGCGAACAAAAACUGCAGUAUUUCAUAACAACUUGUAAAAUCGUAUUUUAAUCGAACAUAGCUUUUUUUUUUAGCUGAAAUGAAAAAAAAAAAAAAGCAAUGACAAACAAAUGGCAAAACGUUGUGAUAAUAUUUUCUGUGCCCUUAGAAUGUUUUCCCGUAGCGGCAGACAAUAACCGCGACGCAUAAUAUUAUCGCAGCGGACGACGUAUGCGUCCCGACGUUCAAUACGAUAGUUUUCCUUCCCGUUUUAUACACGGGCUUAUUAGGACUGUCCACGGCAAUUGUGAACGACUGUCGGUUGGUUAAAAAAAUAAAACCAUCGAUUUCGGUCGCUGUUGCGCGCAGUUAAAAUUUUAAAUCAUUCCGUUUCGGAUUGUAGUUUCCCAGUAGUGUUCGUCUGUUGAAUAAUUCAGCGGAAUAUUUAAUACGAUUACGAUUAUUUGCAUUUCUAUAACGUCAUUUUUAUCAUCUUGUAUAAUACACGACGUUGACGUUUUUUUUUUUGUUCACAACAAUUCCAACGUUUUUGAAUAUUUAAUAUUUUUACGGUAACGAAACCGCGUGUCCGUUUGUACAAACGAAAGUAUUGUCCCGGGUAAAAUCGCCGCGAUGUAGUUUUACGAAAAGAAAUAUUUUCAAUAAAUCACGUCGGCGUUUACUACGCGUCGUCUCGCGGGCGCUGCAGAAGCGUAAUCCGGCACUCGUUCAAAAUUACGCCAUCCGCCGCGAAUACCGUUGUCUGCCGCCGCGGUUUUAUGCCGAUCCGAUAAAACACGCGGUGUCUGCAAAUAAAAACCGCGUUGCCUUUACAACGCGGUAUUUCCGUUUUGUCAUUUUUCCCCACCCCUCCCGCGAAUCGCGUUUCCAACUGUUUGCGAGGAUUUCGUUCGAUUCGCCGCCGCAAAUUAUCGUUCGGUUUUCAAUUUUAGCGGACGUCCGUUCAACGGGUGUAAACAAAUCACGAUUUUACGAAAAAAAAAAAAAAAAAAAACCGUACGCACGUUUAUCAAUUUCGGACGGCCGCUGCAUUACCGCGCACACGGUACUCGUGUUUUAAGCUCGGCGGGGCCGAAGGUCCCCGGGCGACCCCCCAGUCACCCCGUGGUUUCGCCCGCGCGUCCGCCGCCCCGGCCUCAACCGAUCGUUCACGUGCAACAAUAAAUCGCCGUGACAAUUCGCGCGCCGACGCCAUCGCAGUCGCAGACGAACAUUAUUCAAUUCAUAUAGGCACUGGGUUUGGGUUAUUAUUAUUCGUUUGUUUUUUUUCUUUUUUUUUUCUGUAACGGUCUCGCGAUUCGUUUUUUUUCCGGUCCGCCCCCGCUAUUAGGAUUUACAGCAUUGUGCGACGCUGCGAUAACCGGGGUCAUUCGGUUUUCAUGCUCGUUUAAUGUGUAAGCGACUAUUUUUAUUAUUAUUAUUUUUAACAAGUCGCGCCGCCGAUCGCGCGACUCGAACGAACAGUCGUUUACGGGCGAUAAUAAUAUUGUAUACAACGGAAUUUGUAAUUCGGUUUUUUUUUUUUUUUUUUUAUUAUUUUUGUUCAUUUGCACAUUCUAUUACGGUGUCUUAAAUUAUUUUUACGCGAUUCGUCCGAACAAAAUUGUCUACGAAAAACGCAAAUAACACGGCUGGCCAAAAUCGAACGUUUAUAACGACGGAUCUCCUACAGGGGCGUCAUUCGAGGGAUUCAGACUAUACUAUGGAAGCCCUAUAUUUUUAAAUGUUUUUUUUUUUUUUUUUUUUUUUGGAUUCACACAUAAAAUGUUAUAAUUGGGCCGUUGUAGAUGAAAUGUAAAAUGCAAAAGGUAAUAGAACCACUGCCAAUGGUCGCCACUACCGGAGUCCGCGACCGUUUGAGAUGUGAAACACGUGGGAUUUUUACCAUUAAUUAAACUGUCAACUGUUAAUUGUUAUCGUGGCUAAAUUAAAAGGCAUGUCGACAAAUUUAGUAUUUUAAUAUUAAAACGUAAAGUGGGAAUACGAAUAUAAAAGCGCGAAAAAUGUUCAGAAAUACGGGCCCGACCCAAAUGUUUGCGUCCCUAUUUAAAAACUCAAAUGACGCCCCUGAUUUGCGGCGAACAGGCGUCAUAUAAUUUGUCACGCGAACUAAAACGAAAAAAUAUUUCCGUACGAAUCGCAUUUCCACGUUUCCUCUCUGCCGCCCAUCGCCAAGACAAAAAAGAGCCGGAGACCGACCGGAACGCCGGCUUAUAAUAAUAAACGCAGCUAAACGUUUGGCCGUUAGGACCAACGUGUCAAAUAAGUUGCUUUCGUUUCUCCCGAAAGGACGCCGUCGAAACGAAACCCGUUUUGUAUUCUCCGAGACAUUCCACUGUACAAUAAAUGUACGAUAUAAAAACGUAUAGCCGAGUCACAUUUAGAAGUGCGAAAAUAAUUUCACAUGUCGUAAAACUUGCUACUAAAAAUAAUAUAAUACAACGGAGAGGGGUAAAAACCGCCGAAAACUUGUUUUUCAAUCCAAAAAACCCGCUGUAGAUAUAACAUAAUUAAUUAGGUAAUAACGAUAUUGUCGUAUUUUUUAAAAUUCUCUCUUUUGUACGUGUAAAUAGUUUUUUUAUUUUAUUUUUAGAAAAUUCAUACUGCUAGGCAGGUAUUUGUGUACAUUGAAAAAUCAAAUGAAAUAAAAAUUAAAAAUUUACGGAAUAGGCACUAGCUGUAUUUUAGGAUAUAUUAUUAUAUUAUUAUUAUUACAAUCGUUCGACAUUAUCAUCUUAACGUCGUUGUUGGUAUACCGUACGAGUGUACGUCAUAAUCAAAAUAUGAGGACGGAUUUACAAUAAUGUGCACUGCAAAUUAUGCAUUUUAGGCGUUUAUAAAUUAUCACUGUUAACAGGACGGAGUAUAUUUCGUUUUCAUAUUGUCAUUUGUUUCGAUACCGGACGCAAAUUGGUCUAUUUAAAUUACUGCAACAGGACAUUGUCAGUGUUUUUGUACGAUAUUUUAAUUUUCAAGUGAGAUACACGCGUUUUAGACCGUGAUGUUUCACACGCCCGUGAAUCAAAAAUCAAAAUAACGAUAACGCAUACACAACGUACAAAAACACAGACAAUGUUACCAUCCCCAUUAAGCCCGAUAACGGAUCGAAUGACGUUCUGUUUUUAAUAUUAUGAUAAUAUACGAUUCAAAAUGUUCAAUUACCUUGAAACACAAUAUACGCGAACGAAUGUUAUACCCCCCCGAAAAAAUGUAUCCACGGACAAUGUGCACGACGCAUUUUAAUCAUAAUAAUUAGCACCACCGAAACGGCAGCUCGAAAAAUUCGACUUCGAUGUACGCAAUCACCGUUUUGCCUAUACGCGGUGAAAAUGUGUUUUCACCGCAAGGCAUUAUUGGUUGCUGUAAAUGCCACAGUGUAAUAGUACCUAUCUGGGAAUAAUACGCGAUCGCGUUACAAUCAAUUUAAAUGAAAUUAAUGAUUUGGUCCACUGCGACACCGAACGUGGUAUCGCUCGAGAAAUCAAAAAAAAAAAAAAAAAAUCGGAGAUAAUUAAACACAUUUUAAAUUUAUAAUUUAACUAAAUAAUCGCGUUUAAAUAUUAUAAAUAGCCAGCUAUUAUAAAUCCGUCCUCUAGUAGAUAGAAUAUAAUCAAAACUCGUUGUAAAUUAUUUUUAAUAUGUAUAAGUCUUAUUGAUAAUACGGUGCAUAUACGAAUAUGCCGUUAAAAUAUUUAUAUUAUUCUAAUCAGUGUUAUGACAUUUCUUAUCAUUAUGUUAUUUCAUUAGUGUUUUCUUAUAUAGGUGAUCUGUCUAUGUUAUAAUAAUAUACAUAAUAACUUAAUUAUUAAAAUAGUGUGUAUUUAAAAACACACUAAAGGCAAGGUUGAAAUGUUACCAUAUUAUUAUCAUAAUCACUAUUGUUGUAAACGAUAAAAUUAUGUAUACAUAAUAAGUUUUAGUUAUAUAGAAUUAUCAUUAUCAUAUAUGCAUGGAUAUGUUUAUUAUUAUUAUUAAUUUUUUUAACUUUACCUAUCUAUCAUAAAUUAUACUAUAUACAAAUAUUGGGAAUAAAGUAUUCUGAAGAUUUUUUUUUUUUCAGAAUUAUUGAAUACUGUAUUCCAAAUAGAUUUAAAAAGGAUUUUAUUCUCUAAAUAAAAACAAUAAAAACCAAAAUACUUUUUGUCUUGCCUCAUUUUAGAGUAUUUAACGUUUAGUUUUAAGAAGUGAGCUUUAUUUUCUCGAAAAACGAUUUUUGAAUUAUUAAAACGCUCCGAUUUGUUCACGUAUUACUCUAAAAGAUGCGUAAUUUCCAUCCGGUAAUACCUACUUAACUCAAAAUAUUUUUUUCAAAUUCUCAACAGUUUCAAAGGCGCAACUAAGGUAAAAAUUCUGGGGGGAGCUAUAGCCUCAAACAAAUUUAUUUGAAUAGAUUUAAGAAUAUAAUAUUGUACUACAUUAUUGUAGUCAUAAAAACAAAUACAAAUAAUUAUUAUAAAACAUUAAUAUAUCUAACUAUAUUCAAUGUAACUGAUGGGGCUAUUUGGAAAACUGGAGUGACUUAGCUCCCCCAAGUCCCCCCCCCUAGUCGCGCCUAUGAACAGUUCAAACAUAUAAAGUUAUCUACACAUUAUCCAUCAUCGUAUAAUAUUUAUAUAGUUCCACUAAGUCCUCCAAACCUAACCUUACAUUUUUUUUUAGUUUUACAAGAACAUUGUAAAUAUAUUUUCCGCAAAGUAUUUGGAAUAUUUUGAAAAUACUGUGUGUGUAAAGUAUUAGAAUACAUGUACUGAAUACUUUAAAAAAUUAUUUUACCCAAGUUCAGGCUACUUAUCCAUCAAAUUGUGAAUUAUAUUCGAAAAUUUAUAUUAUUUGAAAUUUAAGUAACAUAAUAUUAUUUGUAUUGAUUAUAUUAUUUUAAAAUGUUCGAUCGUAUAUAUGCUGUUUAAGUCACAUUAGAUAUUAUAAUGAGAAGUGUUUUUAAGGAUGUGUUUUGUGUCCAUAUGAACACACAGUGUAAGUCAGAAGUCCGGUGGAAUAAGAUUUUGUUUGCAGUGUGUCCACUAGAAAAUAAAUAGUAAAUGGUUGAAUAAAUUAUCAUCACACAGUCGCGACGUCAUAGUAAGCAGUUUACUCGUCGCCUUUAAUAGACAUAACCCGCCAAACAUACAGGAGAACUAAAAGCGUUCUGACGGUGCGGUGUGCAGUAACUACGGAAAGUCCUAAAGUUAAGGGGAAGGACAGGUUUAUCUGUUCGUAAAGCUUUUUUAUGGCAAUGAGGAGUGAACACGCAGUUGAUAUCGACUAUAAAAUGUCCUGUCAUAUUGCAUUUAAAAAUAUCAUUACAAUGUGCAACUUGCACAGAAGGAUUUGCCACAAAUAAUGAUACGAUAUUAAACGACGGUAAGGUCAGGUAAAUUUUUUCCGAUUAACUGCAGAUAUACGUCAAACCUAUGUUGUCGCUUUGCCAUUAAAAAAAUAUAGUUUUUGAGAAUACAGACAUUUAUUGCGGACAAAAAAUAAAUUUAAAAAAAGCAUAAAAAUAUCGUUUUUCUGCACUUGGUAAGUCGCAUUCGGACGUUUCAAGACUACAGCAGUACCGGUAAAACCAUCGGGCGAACGCCCGUAAUAAUAUAAAAGUUUAUACGUCUAGUUUUAAACUGUCAAUCUACGAGAGCGAUUAAUUAUACCUACCAGUGAAGACGAACUACAAAAAUAUCACUAUUUCGAGUAUAAAUACGUAAAUUUCACCAUUGAGUUCAAUUUAUUUAUUUUUGACCAAAAUAAUAUAGCGUGUGAUUAGCAUGACUUUGCGUGCUUUUUGUUUAAGCGUUAAAAUAUCAGAGAUGCGUUUCUCCUGCUCUUCCCCCGUAGUCUUUAUACAAAUCUGAAAAACUGUUUCCUAACGGCGGGGAAACGUCGUGAACAUUUUGGGACCAGUUGAGAAAAUUCGUGCUAAUUUCAUCAUGCUAAAUAUUGGUAUCGGAAAAAGUUCGAAAAGUUAAAUUAAAUUCACGUGGGUGUAGGGAGCUGGAGAAACUUUUUUCCACACAAGGUUUUUUUGAUAAUGUAACGCCUAAACUUAUGCAUGCGAAUUGCAACGAUAUGAAUACAAUUACCAUGCGAAUACGAUACUUAUCACAUGCCGAAUAUUGUCAUAAGAAAAAGAAAUUUGAAUCGGGGAAUGUAUACUGGUGUAUAAUUUACGAGUAUACAAUUUUUUUAAGAUCUGCCAACACCACCAGUAGUCAUAUACCGACAAUUAAUUGUUUAUUAAUUAAUUGCUAAUGUUUUAAUUAAUUGACAAUCAAUACAUUUACGGUUAAACACUCAUCUUUUUAAUCGAAUUUUAUCGAAAUUUAUUUUAUUGAAAUAAAGUUAGGUACUUGAUAUUUGUUUGUUUAAUCAUUUUACACAAUAUUUAAAUAUCUAUAGUUGACUAAAUUUGUUUUUCAUACUGCACCAUAUACAAUCCAUUAAUUUUACUUACUAUGGUGGUCACUACUGGUACCUAUCUAUCUACCUACCAAAAAAAAAAAAAAAUAAACAAUCAAUGGACUUUGACGAAAAAUAUGUGUUUUUUGAAACCACUAAAAACAUUGCAGACAACACGGUGCACAGCAGUUAUGGUAAUUGACACUUUAGUCAGCGUAUUUCGAAAGCGAUGAGAUGAAAAUUAAAAAAUAACAUAUGGCACACACUUGUACAUUAUAAUAUUAUAAAUAUAUAUAAGUAACCGUUUUUGUAAAUCGACAAUUGUAGGGAUUACUAUUACCAUAGACUUUUGUUUUUGUCAACUAACGUAUAUCGUUCAAACUGUUCGAGCAACAAUAUUGUAUAAUAUUUUUUAUCGAUCUUCCGGUCUACAUAAUUAAAAAUGCAUAAUUUAUGGACUCAUCACAAGACAUCAACUAUUGUUUUACACUAUAGUGCGCUAUUCGUAUUUUUUUUUUUUUUUUUAUGUCUGUACAACAGUACAUUAUUCAUUAUCCGGGAAGUAUAUAUAUAUAUAUAAAUAUUUUUUUUUCUACUGAUUACAAUAUAUUAUAAUUACGACACAAAAUAUAGGUAUACAUAUUAUAGCAUUGUAAUACGUAUUUGCAUAGUGUGUAGAUAUCUUAUUUCUACUAGUCUACCGCUACGACGACGUGGUUUCUACGGAGUAACUGCAUUAACUUUUUGUAAAUUACGAUAACGAAUUAUAUUAUUUUUCGUUUGUUUACUGUACAUUGUUAAGUAAUCGAAUAAUUUAGUAAACGAUAAUAAUAACUAUAGUUAUGAGGCAUCAACAUGAAAUCACGGUCAAUCACCAGCGACACAGCUAGGAGGGGCUUCUGGGAUAUUGACUCCCUCCCCUUCGAAAUUUGAUAUUUUCUAAGAAUUUUACGUAAUAAUACUAUUAACAAGUUUUUUAAACUUUUCCUUGUAAUUUGUUACAGGGACGUGUACGUUGCAUGUCGUGUGCUUCGUCCGUUUACUAAUUCACUAUCUCAAAAACCUAUCAGAUAAUUUGUCGAAAUUCAUAACCCUCCAAAAAUGAAUCUUUGUUACCAGAGCCGGGCUAACCUAGUGGUUUACUGUCCUGAAAAUGAAUCUCGAAUUUAUUUAUGUUAUUAAUAGAAAAGGAGACAUAUAAUAUACUCGCAUUUGAGCUGUUUGAUUAUUAAAAAAAAAAAAAAAAUAAAAACAAAAUAAGGUCAUCGGAAAACUCGAAGGUUGUGUUGCCGCUGAUAAACUUUCCCCCCAGUUACCCACGGUCGGUUAUCACUGAUCAGGUUCCAUGUGCAGAGCUCGGGGCUUGAGUAUUAUCAUCGAAAAAAUGUUUACCAAUGUUUUAAAAGAAAUUAUUAGUAUGUAAUAAGUAUAAUGUAUAUGAACGAAAAACGAAAAAAAAAACAGGUAAUGAUGGAAGGUGAAAAUCACUCCCAUGUUACGACCGAUACUGAACACGAUUAUAUGAUAAUAUAUAUUAUAUAAUAAAAAGUUAAACAUUUUUUUUCCCUUAUUUUUAGGAAGAUGACGACUUUCUGGCAGCGUCUCCGGGUGACGACCAACAAAUAUUGGCUCAAGAACAGUCCAAGACUUCGGUCGUAGCACCGGCUGUGUUGCCGACCGAAAACACAGAGGAGGUGACUUUCGACGUAAAUAAAGUCACUCUUCAGGUCCCCGAUCGGUUGUUUGGUCCCAGUUUCACGGCCGUCAACGGCAUAUCGCAGACCAUCGGCACCGUCAUACAGGUACCCGAUAUAACUCUGGAGUACCAAUUUUAGGGGAAUUUAUUACAUUCAGUGCCGGCCCAAUAGAUUUUGGGGCCCGGUGCAGAAUUUCGCGGGGUCUCAUAUAUAUUUAUAUAAAUAUACUUAUAUUUAUUUAUUUUAUUUUCUAACGGACUUAAUUAUUAGUUCCUGAGUGGAGUGAGUAAUCUGUGAGUAAUGGUGUUUAUUGUUUUGUUUUUUUUUAUGUGAACACUUUUUUUUACCAGAAAUCUCACUCCGAUUAUCAAAUAUAGCAUAUUUUCUAAAAGAAAAUGUUCUCUGGGUAGUACUUUAGAGAGAUUAUUUUUUUAAAUUCUUAUGAAUAUUCAAGACGAUGAGGAAAACCUGGUGCUUCAGGUUAGAAACGAUUGAAAGAUUAAAAAUAUAAAGUUGUCAUUGGCAACCGUUUUUAUCUAUUUAUUUUUAUUAUUAAGAUUUCAUUAUUUUAAUCAUUUUUAAACAAUCAUUGUUGUUAUGGAAACGCAUAUUGUACUAAUUUCAACAUAAUAUGACAUAUAUAUUGUUGACAGAGCAACACUGUCAGCUGAAUUCCACUCAGAAUCGUCUAUUUGUUAGCAAUGGUUUAUCGUUGCAGCUGAUAUAUAUUAAAUUCCCGUCUAUAACCUACCUUUCUAACUUCCCACUCAUAGCAGUAGCUGUGUCCACGUACGAAAUAUGACCGUCCUUUUUUUUUUAAUUAUAUAAUCUUUUAAGUCUGGUUAGAAAACUAAAUUCGUAACUAUUUUUUUUUUUUUUUUUAAGGGGUAACGGUCUUUAAGAUUAACCCUCCAAGUAUAUUCUCCUCCAUCUGUCUCUAUCCUCUGUAGUUUCAUUGUAUUCUAGCUUCUAUUAUUCCUACAUCUUUGGUAACACAGUCCUCCUAUAUUUUCAAUAAAAAAUUGUCUCUCUGUGCCCACUGAAAAGGACACAGAGACGCAUAUAAUUGACGCAGCGCAUUUCCCAAUUUUUUAUAAAAACGUAUAACUCGAUUGUUUAUUGACUUAGAAAAACGGAUUAGGCUUAGAACCUGAUGUAUUCUAUCAAUAAAAAAAAAAAAAAGUGCUUGACGAUUGAAUAAGUAGUUCCAGAGAUCGUUCCUUGCAAAGAUCCUCAUUUUCACAUUUAUAUUAUAUUAUAUACUUUGUGUGUAUCUACGAGAAAGCAAAAUUCGAUUAUUAAAAACACAGCAUUCCGAUAGACGUGAUAUAGUACAAUAAUAUCAUGUUCAUUUAGACGAGUGUAGAUGAGUGUAAACCGGUUUUUAAUUUAGUUUUUAAAUUCGGGACCUCAGACCCCUUGAUGUAUGGGUACAUUUCAUAACCGUUUGAAUUAACGGAUGCACAUUAACGUAUAACCUCGGAUAGUCAAUAUAAUAGUAUUAUCUUCUUUGUCAGUAAAAAUGGUAUUUUAUUAUUACUACCAACUUCCUGUCACUUCCACAGCAACGAUGCGUUUGUAUGGUAAAAGAAAUUAUAUGCAUAUGAAUAGGUACGUAUACACAAUGUGUGUAAUAUGCAUUGUAUACCUACCAAACAUUUUCUCCCGAUUAUUUUACGUUUUCGGUUACACAAAUCAAGAAUAAUAAAAUAAUACCUAUUUAAUAAUCAUUUUAGUUGUUCUCGUUCGAAAAUUUCCGACGUUUUAAAUGUGAAAUCGAUUUGUACCUAUAUGUACUUAUACUAUCGUGCAUUAAAAAAGCUAUCCUAGGAUAAUAGGAAUAGGUGCAGUCACUAUUGUAAGUGGGAAGUUGGGAAGGUAGGAUAUAGACAAGAAUUUAAUGUACAUCUGUACAACGAUUUACCAUCGCUAACGAAAAUAUGAUUCUGAGCGGAGUUCGGUUGAUAGUUUUGCCGUGUCAACAAUAUAUAGAUAUCGUACGCCAUACUAUGGCGAAAUAAUUACACAUACAUUAAAAAUUUCCUUUAAUAAUAUUUGUUUAAUAUUGUACUUAUUUUCCUACGUUUUGUCACGGUUUUUCUCACUUAUUGGAAAAAAUCUCGGGAAAAUCAAAUAACGACCACUUGUAAGUACAUUCCCAGUCACGUAGCCUUAUAGAAAAAGUGCUAUCAUUGUAAAACCAUUAAACAUUCCUCGCUCCGUUUAAAAAACCAAAAUUCUCGUUGUAUAAUAUUUGUUUACGAUUUCGUGAACGGCUCUCGAAAUCUGAGGGCCGGUUUUAUGUUUACCCAGAACUGAGAGCCGAUAUUCAAUGGUGUCGUUUCUAUGAAGUAUAAUUUACUGACCAUAUUUUACGUUUGAACCGAGCCGCCGUUUUUAUGGCACCGAGGAUAAAUUGCUAUAGUUAUUCUGUAGCGGAUCGAUCGUAAAGACGCGGUCAAUAGAAGUCUUUUGAUAAAAUUCUGCGUUUCGAGAUAAAACCGGAUUGUAUACACGAACGAAUGCACGUGCGGUGUUUGGGGUCCGGCCAUAGGUUUCUCCCGGACAACACGAUAAUAUGUCGUUAUCGAUAUUUCAUGUACAAUAUUUUUUUUUUUUUUGACGUUUCAUGUACCGAUUACGUGACCGCGUUAAAUCGUUUUUACAAUACGCGGGUUGUUCCACGACGUUAUGAUUAUACCCAUCGCGAUAUCAGGUAAUGAAGAUAAUCUGGUCCCGGUUUUUUUAAAAAAGAACUAUACACAUAAUUUAGAAAAAAAAAACACCACGCCACUGGUGCAGUUAACCAGUCGAAAUCACGUCAGAUUUAUAUAAGAUAUAAAUAAAAAAACGCGCGCAUAGAAGUAAAAACGAAUAAAUGAAUGAAUGCGUCGCCUGGAGCGUUGCGAUUAGUGUAUUAUACGACCGGUUUCGAAUUGAUAAAUUCAACAUCUGGUUUGAAACAGUUAAAAUGUAAAACGCGACUCAUUCAUUCGUUUAUUUUUUAUUUCUAUGUAUGCAUUUUAUAUUUAUAUAUUUAUUUGCGAGCGUAACCUUUUCAAUGGUUUUGUUUUUACUUCAUUAUUUUAUUGUAGAAUGCGAUUAUUUUCAUUAUUUCGCAACGGGUUCCAUUUUCUUGGGCACCCUUUACAAAACCACUUUGUUUCGAUUUUACAAUAAAUGCGUUUACAAAUUUCCAUUAUUUCUAUUUGUGAUGAUGGACGCCUAUUGGGUAAGGAUUAGUAUAAGGAUUCGAUAAAAACAAGGAAAUAUCGCUUGGAUUAAUUAUUUGCGGGCUUGCCGUAUAUCGAUAUCAGUAAUACCAGUAAAAUCAAAAUAUAUAUAAAAAUUAAAUUAUUGUAAUUACAUUUUGGGCAUUCUUAAGGUUGUUCACUGUAAUAAAUUCACGGUUUACCUAAUAACUUAUUAUUAACUUUUAUUUAUAUACUUAAGCGUAAUAAUUAUACAAAAUAAUAUUUGCCGCAGUAUGUAAAAUUUAUCUUGUCGGUUUCGCCGCAUUAUGUUAAAUUUGUUUUUGCCGCAGUUUCAUCUCCCGAACACCUGAGCACUCCACUAACCGAACCGCACGCGUAUUUUUCAGAACGCGGCCGGCAGACUGGCCAGGCUCGUGGAAGCCGUCAAGGCGGCGAUAUGGCGGAAAGCGGCCAGCGUCUCCUCGAUAAGCAACUCGAGCGGAAGUUUCGCCGGUAACGGUCAAACGGCGGGCGGCAACAGGGGAUCCCGGGACGCGGCGGCGGCCGUGCAGACCGACGACGGACUGGACCUGGACCCGCUGGACGAGGCGGCGUCCGCGGCCGCGGCGGUGUCGUCCAAAAAACGCAGCCCCGACGCGGCGACGGACACCGCGGGCGCCAAGGGCGUCGACGGCUAAUGGUCGGCGCGCCCUCGACCGCCGCCGUCGUCCGUGACGAUUGUUGUGCGCGGCUUACCCAACUCGUGUUGUACCCGCCUACCGUUAUAAUAAUAAUCCAUACGGUCCUUAAUCCAUCGGCCUUAUCACUACCCUUGUUUACCAGUCGGUUGAUAAGACGUGCUCGUUAUCAGUGACGGCACUGCCGCCACGGAUGAAUUAAGGGACGUCCGGAAUUUGAUACUCUCGUAUCGAAUUCCGACAAAUUUUGCGACUCGGUGUAGUAUAUAGACGAAGGGCUAUCGUCGGUCGUUUCUCGUACACGGACAAAUGCAACAUCAAAAUGAGAAGAUUUAUCUUCUCGCCGUAAUUAUCGCGAACAGUUCUAUUAUUUAAUAGUAUUCGAUAGUAUUUACAAUACUGUCACUGGUCCUUUGAUUAUUUUUUUUUUUUAUAUAAUUGGUUGCGCGGGGUAAACAUUUCCACUACACGGGAUAUUUUAAAAUUAUUUCUUUAAAUUGCAAUUUCGUAUCUUAUAAAAACUUAUUAUUUAAUAAUUAUUAUUUUUUAAACCUUGAAUAAAUGCCUUUCCAUGUUAUUUUAUAUAUAAAAAAAGGAAAAAAAACUAUCUUUACUAAUCAGUCGCGCGGGGUAAAAUGUUUUCCAAAUUCACGCUCGAUACACGCGUACCGAAUACACUAAAAUAUUUUUCGAUAAAUUAAAUGUCGUGAUCGGAUAAUGGUACAACUUCGAUAAGCUAGUCAGAGUUACGAACCUGCAUUACAGAAAUUGUUAGAAAAAAAAAAUGUUUAAAUACACUAGGAGAUUAUUUACCCCGCACUAAUGGCAAACAAUUAUGAAAAUGUAACAUUUAGAGCUGCUUGUUUCUUAAAUUUUCUAAAAAAAAAAAAAAAUUCCGUAAAAAUAGUUAGUACUUUUCGAGAUAAUAAAUGUCUUAUCGAGGAUUUAUCACUCUGCAUGAUGUAAAAUAUAGAUAAUGGUGUACAUUGUACAAUAUUCUGAAAUAAAAACGUUAUUUUAUCAAAUUAAUUAAUUUUUCUCACUUUUUUCGCUAAUCUCGCUUGCCCCGAUCGCAGCCAUUGUCUCAUUUCUCCCCCUUUCCCACCAAGAAAAAAUCAUGUCCAUGAUUUGACUAUCGAAAGGCGAUCGUUUUUCGACGGGUUCUGUGAUAAGUACAUAAACUAAACAACUUUUUUACCUAUGUGUUGUUUUCUAGAGUUCUACGUGUACGAGAAACUAAAUUAACAACGAGUCGCGAAUUUUUUUCCAUAAUUAUUAUAAAAACGUGUAUUAGACACUGUUGCGUACGCGGGUACAUGCGUUUUAGUAUAGACUUUAUAAUAGUUAAACGAACAAUAGCUUUUAUAACAUAUUAUUUUAUUACAUAAAUUACCUAUUAAUUAAUAAUAUUAGUAUAGUAUAUUUAAUAAUAUUGUAAUACCACACGUGACGGGCGAUGUGGUGUGUGUGAGUGGAUAUUUUUUUUUUGUAUUGUAAAUAAUUAAAAUAUAAAUAUAAAUACAUAAUUUUAUGUUAAAUAUAAUGAUAAAUAUAAACGAUAAUCAAAAACCAAAACGUGAACGACUUACACGAGUAUAUUAAAAAGUAUUGUUUUUGUUUACGCCCUGUACGCACCGUUACCUAUAUACCCAUAUUAUACAGAGUGAUCAACAUAACGUAUAAGACGCUCGUCACAGUAGCACGGGAAGCGUUCACGAUUUUCGGAAUUUACUUUUUAGAAAAUUUAUGACACUGAUAACUCUGCAAUAUUUCCGUACAUUACUGUUAUUUUUGGUUAUUCUUAUUAUUAUUUUUUUUGUUUUUUUUUUGUUUUUUUAUGGGUGAAGGAGAGUCUCUACUAGAUACCCGUUUUCCACUUUUAAAUAAUAACUUAUAUUUAAAAAAAAAUCAAAAAAUAAUAUGAAGUUUUAGAUUAAAAACAAUAUUUGGUGUUAUAAUUUUGAACUUCCGUCGACUGUCGAUAUUCCACUUUAAAAUUGUCGUUUUUCAGGCAAACUGAGAUUUUUACAUUAUGUUGAUCGCUCUGUAUAUGCCCUUUUUUAAUACUUAUUUUCGAGGUACAUUUUCGUAUAUCUUGUUUAUAGAUACUUUAUUUUCUUUCGUGUAUAACUCUCGUCUCCAAUAUUUGUUUUUGUAAUUUUUUAAAUUUGUAAAAAUUUUUGUAAUAGUAUAAUUGAUAUUGUAUAUCAUUUGUAUGGUAAUUAUACAAAUGAAGAUACGGUUUUUUUGUUUGGAAUUAAACACAAGCAAGGAAUAACAAUUAUUAUAUAAUAGGGGAUAACAAUCUUUCGAAUACAUUUUAUUUAUCUUGUCUUACAGAAU